AUGGAUUCACAUGAAUACAAAGAAAACUAUUAUGAUGCAAAUAUUAUGAAAAGAAGAAGAGCGUAAGAUAAAGUGAUGGUUGCUCCAAUCCUGGAAGUCUUUAUGGAUAUUUGUAAGAAACUAGAUUAUACAUCAAAGGAAUAUUUAUAGAUGGUGAUACCAAUUAAUGAAUCAAGAGAAGCUCUUUAAAAUACUGAUUAAAUUAUCAUAUUGAAUUACUUGAAAUAAAUAGCUAUUUAUCUGAUAAAAUCGAAAUUAGAAUUAGAGGAUAAAUUGUGCUCUCUUGGGGAUAGCAAGUAAUUUGAAAUUGAGUUAUAGAAGAUGGAAGCAGACAUAAGACAACACAUAAGAGUGCAAUAAUAACUCUAAAUCUUACUAGAAUAAGCUUAAUAGAAGAUAGAUGAAUUUGAAUCUGAAAAACUUAAAUCCGAAUAGUUUAUAACUGAAUUAAAAAAAAGUCUUGAUAAUAAAGAAAGAGAAUUGAUCUCAAUUAAGAACGAACUCCAAGACACAAAACACAAGGGAAACCAAAAGGCUCCCUUCUAAGCAACCAAAACAGAGCCUAUCCAAUCCUCCAUGGAUCACUUAGACAAUUUAUAACUCUUCACCUUGGUUGAGAAUUCUCCGAAUAAAAAUAAUUUUAAUUAAGUGUAAGCAGCAAUUCGCAAGGGACGCAAUCAAUAAUUAAGCAAAGAACCCUAAAAGCCCAAAGGUGAUAACACUCCUUAAUUGAGUAAGUGUUGUUCCAUAAUAAAAGAAUCUUAAACUCAAGACUCCCCAGACAAAAUAGCAAGGAAAUAUUCAUAGCCAAAUUACAUGGAGAUAAAUGCUCUUAGAUAGUUAAUCAAAAAACCAUGUCCACUAAAUCAGAGAAACGAACCUCAGAGUUUUAGGAGCAUUAGUUAAGAACCUUCCCGUGUCCCUAAAAAAUGCUGA